AGUAGAUGACAGUUUCCCUACCCCAAAAAACAACACCAGACCAUGCUGUUAAAUUCCCGCAAAGUUCGUUUUUCCCUUCACGAUUGAGUUUUUGGUUCCCUAGUUGCCGUUUGCAUCAAAAAGUUUUAAAAAAAUAGUACACGAGCAUGGCUAAAACCAAAAAAUCAAAACAAUCCGCAACGGAAAGUCAAUCGAACGGCAGUAGCAAUGACAAAGCAUCGAAGAUUUGGAGCGACGAACGGUUCGUUCAUCUGGUUAAUGAUCCUCGCUUCAAAGGCAUCCCGCGGACGGAAAAAAAGGUCAAGAUCGAUAAGCGUUUUCGGUCUAUGUUCGACGAUGAAAAGUUCAACGUGAAACACACUGUGGACAAGUACGGCCGGAAGGUGAAGCAAAGUGACAGUGAAGAGCUGCGAAAGUACUACGAGCUCGGAUCUUCCGACGAGGAAGAGGAUGAGGCCAAGGAGGAGACGAAAUCGAAGGCUGAUGGUGAUGAUGAGAGUGCUAGCGAUUCAGAUUCACUGGAAUUGGACGACGAGGAAAAGGCAAUGUCCAUGACGGACAAAAUGAAGUCCAAACUGGAAGAUUUGGAAAUCGACUACGCCAGAGGAGAGGGCGCGAUUGCAACGGACAGUUCUUCCGAUGAUGAUUCCGAGGGGGAGGAGCUUGGGGACGAUGAGGUGUUUAUCGAGCACGUUUGGGGUGAACUGGAUGCGGAUGCCGAUCGGACGGAUGAUUCUACGCGAAGGUUGGCACUCUGUAACGUGGACUGGGACAGAAUUCGGGCGGUGGAUAUCAUGGUUAUGUUGAGUUCGUUUUUACCCCGGGGUACAACUAUUCUGAGCGUUACGAUUUAUCCAUCAGAGUUUGGUAGGGAACGUAUGAAAGAGGAAGAAGAACGUGGACCACAGGAAUUAACCGCUCAGCAAAGCGAUGAUUCCGACUCAUCGGACGAAGAGUUAAACGAGGAUGAGAAAAAAGAAAAGGAAGUGGAACGUCUGCGUGAGUAUCAGCUAAAUCGACUCAAGUACUUCUACGCCGUUAUUGAAUGUGAUAGCGUAGAAACGGCGGAUAAAUUAUACAAAGAGUGCGACGGCGUAGAGUAUGAGAGUACAGCCAACAAAAUAGACCUGCGAUUCAUACCAGACGAGAUGGAGUUCGAGGACGAACCGAAGGAACGUUGCACGGAGCUACCGGAGGUGGGAAAGUACGAGCCGAGGAUUUUUACUACAACGGCUCUCAAUCAGGCUAAAGUUGAGCUAACUUGGGACGAAAACGACGUAGAACGUAAGGAGUUCAACGAGAAAGUUCGAGCCGGCAAAAUUGAUGAGCUUUCCACUGCAGAUUUGCAAAAAUACGUGGCUUGUAGCAGCAGCAGCGAAGAUGAUGGUGAAGAGCUGAGCGAUGGCUCCAUACAAUCUUCUGCCGAAUCGGAGAAUGAGCGGCCCAAAAAGUCUAAAAAGCAGGACAUGAUCGCCAAGUACAAGGCCCUGCUUGGGGAUAUUCAUGAGCAGGAAGAGAAAGAGAAAAACGAGAAAGUUGAAAUGGAAUUUUCUUGGAAGGUAAACGCAGAUGAGGACCAUGAACAGAACCCCGACGAUGAAGCUGAGAGCGAAAAACCAAAAAAGAAAGCAGAUAAUGUCAAUCCGUUUGAAAAAAUUCUGGAAAAGACAAAGGAGAAAAAGAAACGUCGAAAGGAGUUGAAAAAGAAGAAGAAACGGGGAGAGCUAAACAACGAUGGGGAAGCACAGGAAGAAAGUUCAGAUGAUGAUUUGCCGUACGGUGUGGACUUGAAUGAUCCAUUUUUUGCAAGUGCCUUUGAUGAGAAGGAGUUUGAUCUGAAAAAGCCGAGCAAAAAGGAAAAGAAAAAGAAGCACGCAGAUGAGGAAGAUUCGGAAGAUGAGAGUGAAGCAGCACGGAAGCGAGCUGAGCUCGAUUUGAUUAUGGGUGACGACGAGGAUGAAAAAAGUCACUUCAACCUGAAGAAAAUUCAGGAGAAUGAAAUCGACCUAAAGUCCGUAUCGAAAUCCAAGCGGAAACGAAUUCUGAAGAAGACGAAAAAGCAAAUCGAGGAACAACGUCUGCAGCGACAGAACGAGGCGGGCGAUGGCUUUGAGAUCGACGUGGACGACGAUCGGUUCAAGGCGGUGUACGAGAAACCGGAGUUCAACAUCGAUCCGACUAAUCCGUCAUUCAAGAAGACGAAAGCGAUGGAGAAGCUAAUAGAGGAGAAGUUAAAGAAACGACCGCUCGAGAAUGACGAUCUUCCGGACGCUGCGUCUACUGCUGCUAUUGGUGUUAAAAAGGCGAAAAAAGAUGUUAACACCAGUCUGCUGGUGAAGAGUAUAAAGCGGAAGAUAGGAAAAUAAAGUUAUUUUCAUUACAAACUGUAA